AUGAGCUCGACGACACUACUCUUGCGAACGCCAGUACUGACCUGCACAAGCUCCACUGCAUCAUCUUCUACUCGCCGCCUGCUCCGCCUUCCAGCGGCGGCUCAGCGAUGCAGCUUCUGCUCUUCCUCCAUCGUCCGUUCAACCGCCUCUGCAGAUUCCGCCACAUGGAACAUCGCAAAAGUCCCCCACAGAGGUGUGCUGGAGGCAAGCGGACGAGACACAGUCAAACUCAUCCAAGGUCUCGUCUCAAACGAUGUCAAGCCUCUCGAUCCCACCAAGACUUGCUCCAACCUUGAUUCACCGGCACUUGUCUACUCAGGAUUCAUGAACCCUCAAGGUCGAAUGCUUGCCGAUGCUUUCAUUCAUCCUCAGCCAGCUCUCGAGGAUGGCUCACCACGGUGGCUACUAGAUGUCGACUCACGUACGCUCCCAUCGUUGCUGGCGUUUAUCAAGAAGUUUAAGCUUCGGUCGAAGGUCAAGCUCACCGACGUUUCUGCUCAGCAUCAAGUGGUGCAAGCUUGGCAUUCCUCCACCUCUUCUCAACCUUCACAAGCAAUCAGCGAGAAGCUGGCGCUAGACCCCAGGUGUCCAGCAAUAGGAUACCGCGGCGUCCUUUCUUCAGACUCUGACCUAACACUCGGAGGCGUAAAUGUGGUAGAGGGGGAAGAAUACACCUUGCACCGAAUCCUAAACGGCAUUGGUGAAGGAAGUCUAGACUUCCCAGAAGGCUCCUCCUUACCUCUCGAGAACAAUUUGGACUACAUGAAUGGCGUAGACUUCAAAAAAGGCUGUUAUGUCGGCCAAGAGCUCACCGCUCGAACCCAUCACACCGGUGUUGUGCGAAAACGUCUUCUUCCCCUCACUUUCUACCUUGCUGGUUCACCCGCACCUACUUCCCUCAGCCUCGCCUCGGUAGACCGUUCCGGAUCCAUUCAGUUACCCAACCAUCUCACAGAGGUAAGGUCCAAACCGGUCUCAAGUGGGGAAGCAAAACAGGCGAGAGGCAAAGCAGCAGGCAAAUUCACCUCAGGCGUCUACAAUGUUGGGUUGGGGUGUUUGCGGCUGGAACAGGUACAAAGAUGGAGUGAGGCAGGCAAGGAAGAUGGCUUGGAAAUGUCGAUAAAAGCGGCGGACGGCGAGACAACGUUGAUGGUGAGACCAUGGAUUCCCAAUUGGUGGCCCAAGAAACUUGUACCGAGCGAUCGCGAAGAGUGA